CCACAUAAUCAUGGUUUUAGGUGUUCUUUCAACUGUGAUGGUAAUUGUUUAAAUAGUGAAUGCGAUGAUGAUACUGGAUAUUGUACACAAUGUAAAUCUGGUUUCUAUGGAUAUAAAUGUCAACACAAUUGCAGUGUAUGUGAAAAUGAACGUUGUGAUUUACGUACAUGUUCGAGUGGUUGUGCAGCUGGAUAUUAUGAGUAUAAAGCCGAACUCGAAACAAUAUGUCAAAAUUGUCCGUCAAAUUGUAAACAUUGUAAUGAUGGGAAAACAUGUUUCCUUUGCCAUCAUGGUUUUCACCUCUAUAAGUUUAAUGACAAUGUUCACUGUGUGUCAUGUUACCAAGAAACUCAAUGUCCAGGCUGUGUUAUUCAAGGUUGUAACCAAUGUCAAGUACACAAUGAUUCCUUGGUAUGCGCUGAUUGUCGAGAGGGACAAAGUUUCAAUGGUAAAACAUGCGUAUCAAACACAUCAUUGUGCUCAAAAGAAUGUUCUACGAAUUGUGAUAUUACUGGAAUAUGUCAAGGAGAAUGCAAUGAAGGCUGGACUGGUGAAAAAUGUUCCGAAAAAUGUAACAGCAAAUGUUUAAAGUGCUCAAAAGAUAACGGAAAUAUGUGUCUACUGUGCAAAGAUAAUGUUCACUCAACCUAUUGCAGUUUAGCAUGCAACCCGGCAUGCAUAUUGCAAAGUGGUAAACCUACAUGUGAACAUGCAGGCGGAUAUUGUUUAAACGGAUGUAACCAAUCAUAUUGGGGCGACACGUGUGAUAAACCUUGUCCUGGAGGAUGUAAGGAUAUUAAAUGUGAUAGAAACAACGGUGCAUGUACGGAUGGAUGUAAGGACGGACUGACUGGAGAUAAAUGCACUCAAACUAUCACUGUCGAGAUAACAACUAGAGCAAGCUCACAUCAAACUUUAACUGAGGGAACAGAGAUAACAACUAGUCAAACAAGAGUAAGUUCACAACAAACUUUAACUGAGGGUACACAGGUGUCAAUACAAGAAAAGAAAGAAAGCAACGAACUUAUUAUAGGUGCAUCAGCAGGAGGAGGCGUUCUAAUCUUGAUACUGAUAAUAGUGGGAGUUUGUUUUCUAAAACGAAGAAAAAAAUCCCCGAGAGAAGAAUCCGAUCAACAUGAGGCAGUUAUUACAGAAGAUCAAAAUGUUUAUGCAAAACCAAUGAAGAAAACGGAAGCAGUUGAUGAAAUUCAGGACUACAUAUAUGCACAACCUAAUAAAACACACAAGCUCAAGAAACCUAGUAUGAGAGAAAUUAGCAAACCAAAACCAAUGUAUGAUAAUUUUGCCAUAGACUUAGAUGAUAGAAAAACUGUCUCAGAUGGUACGUAUUCCACUAUCACUAUUGAUGGAGAUCUUCAAAACAAAACAGAAAAAGAAACGGAUGUUGAUGAAAUAGAAUUAGAAGAAUUAGACGAAGGCAAUUCUAAACUUAUCGAAAAAGAAGUAAAUCCACCGAGUGCUGAUUUGUAUUACAAUACAGCGAGUUUGGUUAGAAGCCGGUAUCAAAUAUCUGACCUUCUUGAACACAUCAGGAAGAAGACUGAUUAUGAAGAUGAGUUUGAGAAACUACCGAAAGGUUUGACAAGGCCUUGCGACGAAGCUCUAACCCGGAAUAACCGCAAGAAAAAUAGAUACAACGGAGUGUAUGCAUAUGAUGCAACUCGUGUUGUCUUAAAAAGUAAAACUUACAUCAACGCAAAUUACAUUGAUGGACACAAGAAGUCACCAGAGUACAUAGCUUCUCUUGGACCAACUAAAGAUACAAUGAAUGGCUAUAAAGACUUUUGGGAGAUGGUAUGGGAAGAAAGAACAGAUAAAAUUAUUAUGUUGACCAAUCUAGAUGAGUCUGGGAAAAUGAAAUGUGAGCAGUACUGGCCUGAUCAAGGGAAAACAAAGAAUUACCAUGGAUACAAAGUAGUGUGCAUUGCUGAGAAAAUAUUUUCAGAAUUCACUUUAAGGGAGUUUUCUGUUAAUGUGCAGGGUUCUGGAUCAAGGAAAGUGACACAAUAUCACUAUACCGCCUGGCCCGACCGAUCCGUUCCAGACAAUGUUGCCUCUCUGGUAGAGUUUAGAAACAAAGUUGAACAAUCAAAGUCAAAUGAUGCUGGCCCAAUGGUAGUACAUUGCAGUGCAGGAAUCGGUAGAACUGGAACCUAUAUCGCAUUGGAUACACUUAUACAGAUAGGCAAGAAUGAUAAUUAUGUUGACAUUUUUGGUCGUGUGAUGGCGCUACGUGGACAAAGAGGCCACAUGGUGCAAAACUUGGAACAGUAUAUAUUUCUUCACCGAUGUCUUCUGUAUGCCCUCACGUGCGAUCCCGAUCCACUUCCGGUCACACAUAUUCCUCGUUUGAUGACAGAUGAUAAAAUAUCACAUCAGUUUCAGACAUUUACUGAUGUUGUUAUGCCGGAAGACUUGGAUGGGAAAUCAUCUGCUAACAAGAAAAUAAGGAAGGAAAAUAGACACGGAGCUGACAUUCCUGGCGAUGAUUACAGAGUGAGUACUGUCAUCACAAAGGAUACGAAAAUCCAUACAAAAUUCAUUGUAUCGCAGACGCCAAUGUCGAAUACAGUGGAAGACUUUAUAUCGAUGCUUUAUCAAGAAAAAUGUGCUUGUGUCAUUAGUCUAGACGACGAACACCUAAAAGAUAAAUCUGUCGGACAUUAUUUACCACAAGAUGAAAAGGCGUUCAAAGUUGGUCAUUUCCAAGUAACUUGUAAGACGGUUGACACAACGGAUUAUGGUACAAUACGAGACAUGACAAUAUCACGCACUGGAUUGCACCUUUCUGGAGGAGAGCUGCAUUUGAAACAUUACCAGUAUAACGGAUGGAAUCAGUCAGAAAAAGUCCCACAUAAAGUUGAACCGUUUGUAAAGCUAGCCAAGGAUGUUGAGAAUAAGGUCAAAGGUCAAAGUGAAGAAAGACCAAUCGUAGUUCAUUGCUUGACUGGUGCUGAACGAAGCUGCUUAUUUUGUGCUGUCUCUAUCAUAUCAGAAAAGUGUUUCUUUGAGAAAGAAAUUAGUGUCCUGAAUACCAUUUGCCAACUGCGUUCAAGGAGGAAGUCAGCUUUUACUGACAUUGCACAAUUCAGGUUUUGUUACCAACAUGUAAAAUAUCUUGCUGAGAUUUCCGACAAGAAGAAAUACUAUAAUAUGAACGAGCUGUUGUGAACAAUGGUUGAAGAAAUUCGUCUUUACGAUCAAUUAAUUACUUGCCCAUUGUCCAUUUUUACACAAAUUUGACACUUGUUUAAAGGCUGAAAAUGCUAAUAGCUUUAUUUUUCGAAAGCAUUUUUUGUGUCUUGUUGCAAUCUCUGAAAAGACAUACUACUAAUUAGUCAUGCAUAAAGCUGAGACAUAUUGUUUUAGUGUUGUUUUCAUAAACAAAUUAGUUAUAGUCUUUUGGUAUUUUAUAUGAAAUCAAAAUGCAAUAUUGUUUACAUUUUCCUUACCUUUAUCUAAAAAAAAUUUCACCUCUUCGAGCACCGUUUUCUUCAGGUGAUACGCAUCUUACAUGUUCUUAAUUCAAUUUUACACCAUAACAAGGGAUACGUUUCCCUUUACUCCUAAUAAGAACACUCAUUGUUUAGUUUUUUUGAAUUCUUGUUAGGACACGUGUAUAAAUAUGAUGAACAUUUUCAAUAUCAAUACUGUGAUGUUUUGAAAUAUUGUUAUAACGGUUUUCUAACUGGUUUUUGUUUAGUUAUCUAAAGUCGCUUGUAUUUUGUUAUUUACGAUGCAUUUAGCGAACAGUAUACAUUUGUGUGCUUAAUAUAAACAUUUUGAUUUUAUUUUACUAUGUGCUGGUCAUAUUAUUUUAUUAUUGAAAAACAUGAUACUUAUUUUCUUAUUGAAUAUUUAAAAGUAUAUAAUUCAAUAAUAUAAUAUAAGACUUCACAUUUUAUGCAAGUUAAUUGUCAUGUUCGGGAUUUGACAUGAUAUGCUUGGAAAGACUUACAUAUACUACAAUGAAUCUAGUAAUGAUACAAGAAACUGGCAAAAACAAUAACU